UUUCCCCUGGACAACGAAGCCACACGGUGGAGACAGUGAAGAAUGUGAUUAAAAUAAUGAUGUGAGAAAAAGGUUGUCUGGACGGAUGCCUGUUCAAAAACCCGAACAUUUUAACAGUUAUUCGGCUUAGAAAACAUUUGAUGAGUCCUUAUCUCCUAAUGUUUUAGUCGGCCUGCUACUAAACAUCCACAGAUUCAGUCUGACCGAAAUGUGAGCGGCUGUUGUAUCUGGAUUAAGCCGGUGCUACGUUCGGCGAAGGCCCGGAUCUUCCAGUUUUUUUGUAAGAAAAAAAUAGGCAUCAUGAAGGAAGUGGAAUAUCUUAAUAGCAGCACCGAAAGUCUGCCUUUAGAGGACACAGUUAGGAAGAAACGGCUCGGAGAUGAUCAGCCGGAGGAUGUUGGAAGAAACCAGUCCGCAGAUGUCCUCCAUCUUUCAUUGAAUAAAGAAGAGGUUCCUUGGAGCCCCAGUUUGGAUGAGCAGGAUACAGAGUCCUCCUUCAUUAAGGAAGAAGUGGAAGAAAGUUGGAUAAGUCAGGAGGAAGAGCAGCUCGAUGGAGAAGAUGAGACUGAAUACACUGACUUCCCGCUCAAUGUUAUUGUGAAGAGUGAAGAUGAUGAUGAUGAUGAAGAAUCGGAGUCCUCACAGCUUCAUGAAAGUCAUACUGAUGACCCCGAAGAGUCAGAGCGUCCAACCACUAGCUCUGUUAAAUGGAUUAAAACUGAAACUGAUGGAGAUUGUGGACAGCUAGAACUUGUCUGGAAGCCUGGUCCAAAUAAUUUCAAAAUAGGUUUAGACAGAAAAGUUGCAGAAUCCUCUGAGACUGAUGUCAGUGAAGAUGAUGGUUAUGAUUAUUGGCAGCAACCUUUGACAGAGAAAGAAAGUGGAUGGAAGGGAAGCUGUUCAGUUAAUCUGAAAUGUUCUGAAGCGAUGCCAAAUCCAGAUCCACAGACCAAAGUCCACACAGGCAAGAAAAACUUUAGCUGUGAUGAAUGUGGCAAAGCAUUUAGAGAUCAGUUUAGUCUUAAAUCUCACAUCAGAGUCCACACAGGAGAGCAGCCGUUUGUUUGUGACGUCUGUGGAAAAAGGUUUAAACAUCAGCAUGACGUGAAGAAACACAUGAAAGUCCACUCAGAGGAGCAGCCAUUUGUCUGUGAAGUUUGUGGUAAAAGAUUCAAACAUCAGCACAAUCUGAAGACGCACAUGAGAAUCCACACUGGGGAGAAGCCUUAUGUUUGUAAUAUCUGCGGUAAAACAGCGAGGCACCAGAAUAACUUGAGAACACACAUGAUCGUCCAUGGAGGAGAACAGCCGUUUAGCUGUGAUAUUUGUGGUAAAAAGUUUAACCGGCAGACAAACCUUAAGGCGCACAAGGCGGUCCACACCGGAGAGAAACCACACACCUGCGAGAUCUGUGGUAAAAGUUACAAACGUAGAACACACCUUAGAGGUCACAUGACCACCCACAGCGAGGAAAGGCCUUUUGGCUGUGAAGUUUGCGGUAAAAGAUUCAAUCGUAAAACCUAUCUCCAUACACACAUGGUGGUCCACACAGGCGAGAAGCCUUACAGCUGCGACUUCUGCGGUAAAAAUUUCUCCCGGAAAACUCAUCUGGAUUCACACAUUACUGUUCAUAUGGGAGGGCAACCUUUUGGUUGCCCUGUUUGUGGUGAAGAAUUCCCCCAGCAGGAAAGCUUAAACCGACAUAUGCCUUUACACUUCAUAUAAUAAGCAUUCAUGCGCAAGCAGUGUCUAUAUUAAUAUUACACACUAUUCCUGGUGCUCUUCCAGCUACAGUGAUAUGACUCUGGUGUCAGUUCUGAGCACCAACGAAAAAAGGACCAAACACACAUCAUUGUAAAACCAAUAAACCAGAAAGCUUUAUGGGAAAUUAACUAAGAAGCUAUCUGUUAGCCUCUUUAAAAGUUGGUGGCUAGAGGUGCAUCUCCUUUUCAACAGCUUGACAAAAUCUAUUUAAAAAAAUGUUAGGAUAGGAAUAUUAUCAAUGUGCAACGGACUUUUUAGGAAUUUUCCUACAAUAUUUUUUAAUAAGUGUGCUUGAAAAAAACCCACUAGUGUUUCUGCAUAGUUAACUUCCGAGUAAACUGGUGCCAUAGCUGGUCAUAAGGGCAGACAGUAGAUCGCUAAACAACGAAGCUAAGUUUAGUUAGCUUCAGGGUGAUUUGUUUACCGUGUUAGCCAAACAACUUUGCAUAGAUUCUGAUGUGGAUCCUGAAGUAUUUUCAUCCAGUCAGUUGGCCUCUAUAUCUGAGCUCUGACAGAGAAAGCAUUCCUGCUGCAAUAAGUUCGGCCUUAAAUGUCUGAGCCAGAACCUGAUUGCAUAAUCCAUGAGCCACUGUGUACAUUAACAUGGGUCCAGAGGCCAAAACAAGCGGUGACGAAGAUAAUCACUGGCUUCACAUGAGUUUUCAUUUGAUAGAUUUUUUUGUUUUGUUUUGUUUGUAAUGUAGAGCGACAGUGAUUGAUUUUGCUUUCAGCAGCUAUUAAUAAUUAAAUUAUUAAUGAAGUUAGAAUGUUUUUUUAUAGUCAAAACUAACAAGUUGAGGCACUACCUGAUUAUUAGUAAUCAUUAGCCAAAGAACUCUGUCUCUGUUAGGUGUUGUUCUAUGUAUACCAGCCUGAUGAGGUGGGAUCAUAGAACUAGAGGUGAAGGAGUAAAUUCGUUAACUCGCAUUAUGAGACAGAAAGCCCUACACAAACAUAUACAGAAUAAACACAACUUCUCUCCAAGACACAAGAAUUUAUGAGCACAGUAGUUCAACUUUACAGUAAAGAUAUUGAGCCAAUAAACUUAACUGAGCUAGCAACGUUCAACUAAACAGCCAAGCAAAUGGAAAGGAUAAUAAGCCAACUGAUAAACCAAUAAAUGAAUGAAUGAUGAUGAAACAAAAGGGAUUAUGAUGAAUAACUGAAAAACAAAUGAAUUGAUUAUCAAAAGAAAUGGAGGCAAUGGAGUGGCACCACUUCGUAGAUGUAUUUAGAGAAAGACCCGUAUCCUUUUGGAGAAUCUAUGCUCAGAUUCUACAGGGCUCAGAUCUUAACACUUUCUUCCAUGCUGCUUUUUCAAAGGUUCCAAGUCUCUCUGUCUACCAGCAAGUAUAAGAUGUCCACACGUGACGUCUUAAGCUCCACACUACUGUGAGUGUUGGGAGACGUAGUCUGAGCAGUCCUUUCUUUUUCCUGUAGCUGGGCUCUACAAGCAAUAUACACUACACAUUCAUAUAAUACUUACAUGUAUUUGGUGGUAUUUGAUGCAUAUAUUAAAUACACUAAGUGCAUAAACAAUUUCCUGGCUCGUUUGCUAUAAUGCACCUAACUGUCCUUGUAAUUAAAAAUGUACCUUGGGUGCAGUCAUGAUGGAGCUAGCAGGUUCCAAAACAGGUCCCAGCAGGACCUGUAGCGGGUUUGGCCAUCCCAGUCUGCCUUGGUUCUCUUUAAGUCCCGCUUCCAUGUGGUUUUUGUUGUCAAAUGAUGUGAAAACUGUUCAGGGUUCUCAACUUAUUCUUCAGGUUUUUUUCUGCAGCCACACAAAAAUGAGGAAGGUCCCAUGAAGAACAAAUGUAAAUUUGAAAACCUGAAGAAAGCCAUCAUUCUGCAGACCAACACACAUUAUAACCACUCUGAGUCUCCUGCUGCAAAUGCAGUUUGAUGUAAGGGGGGAGUAUAUGCAUGAUUAACAAUGAAAUACCAAAACAAAUGUAAGUUAUUAGGUUUAUAUAAGUUUAAGCAAUAUGUUAUUUAGGUGUAGGAAUAUGAGGCGGACAUGUUAUGUUACCUGAGUCUCCCUCAUAGAGCAGUAACCAGUAAUCUGAAAUACUCACCAGCACCUGCAGUAAUAGGUUGGUAUGAAUUCUUGUAAAUUAUAUUAUCAAAGUAUCGGAUUUUUUGACUUUCAGUCUGAGUUUGUAGAGGUUUUCUUCAGUAGCGUUUAAGUUCAGCUUCUCUGUUAGUUUUCUUAAUCACUACAUUAGUUCAUGUUGGCAGAUUGUGCUGGGAUGGCAUUAUUGUGUUGGUCCAUAACAGGAAGGUUAAUAUGCUAAAAGAGACUGCUGUCAUUUUGUUUUUUAUGAUCUGAUUAAUAUCUUCAAAUUGAAAUAGUUUUUGAAAAAAGCCAAUCAUGUUCACACUAUUUUAUUUAUAAAAGAAAACAUUGUAUUUAAAUGUAUGUAUUUAUUGCUCUAAUUUCAACUUCUGUGUGCUAUUUUCUUGUUGCUUCUGCUUGAUAAGAAAAGAUGGAGUAAAGCUUAUCUGCAGUGUAUUCUUUGGACUGGAUCAUUAGGUUUUGUACCAUUAUGGCUUGAUUGUGCCAAAGAUCUUUAAUGUGUGUUUUUAGUUUAGUUUUAAACCAUGAAACUGGUUUAACAAACUGUAAUCUGUUCUCUGACGUUAGGAAUACUGACUGAUAGUGAAAGAGUUUUGGUUCAAGUCUUAUUUUGUUUGUAAUCAUGAGUAUUUAUAAAAAUAAUAUAUUCCAAUGUUUGUUAAUGAAAUAUCAUCACAACACAUUAAACCUGUAUUAAAGUGUAUUUAUGUGA